AUGGCCGACGGAAUCCGACCAAACAUUGUUUUCAUCAUGGCGGAUGACCAUGCCGCCAAAUCCAUCUCAUGUUACGGAGCUGGUAUUAACAGCACGCCGAAUCUAGACCGACUCGCCAACGAGGGUAUGCUCUUCAACCAUUGCUACGUCACGAACAGCAUAUGCACUCCUUCACGAGCCGCAGUUCUUUGCGGCACGCACAACCAUGUCAACGGGGUCAUGACGCUGGACUCAAAGAUCAACAAAAGGCUACCGAACGUGGCCAAACAGCUUCGUUCGGGAGGCUAUCAGACCGCGAUGGUCGGCAAGUGGCACCUGGGAGAAGGGGCCGAACACGAGCCUACGGGGUUUGAUUACUGGAGUGUGGUUCCUGGUCAGGGAGAGUACUGGGAUCCUCAAUUCAUCGAGUCGUCGGGGACUUCCGUAGUCCCCGGGUACGCCACGGAUAUCAUCACUGACAAGUGCAUUGACUGGAUGGAGAAGCGCGACAAGUCUCAGCCAUUUUUUCUCAUGUGUCAUCACAAGGCACCACACCGAAGCUGGGAGUACGACGAGAAGCACAAGGAUCUCUACAAGGAUCCCAUUCGGCUUCCAGACACCUUUUCCGACGACUACAAGAACCGUGCCAGGGCGGCCACUGUCGCAAAGAUGAGGGUUGCAGACGAUUUGACCUACACAGACCUAGGCAUUGUGCAACCUGAAGGUCCGAGGAGUAAAGUCGGGUCAAAAAUGAUCGACAUGUGGUGGUGGAGCGAUAGAAAGAUUCCCAAUCCCGACGAUGUCACAGGUCUGAGGCUUAUCUGCAAAGAGACGGGCGAUGUCUUCACAUUCACAACAAAACAGGAGCUAGCCGAGUUCAAGUUUCAGAGAUACAUGCAACGUUAUCUCCGCACCAUACAGAGCAUAGAUGACAAUGUCGGACGCAUGCUGGACUGGCUCGAUGCCGAAGGGCUAACGGAGAAUACCAUCGUCGUAUACACGUCAGACCAGGGAUUCUUCUUAGGCGAGCACGGUUGGUUCGACAAGCGAUUCAUGUAUGAGGAAAGCUUCCAGAUGCCUUUCAUGAUUCGUUACCCACCAGCUAUCCAGCCAAAGUCCGUCUGCAACGACAUUAUCUGUAACGUUGAUUUCGCGCCAACCUUUCUCGACCUAGCAAAAGUUCGCAUCCCUACGUACAUGCAGGGUGUGUCCUUUGUCCCAGUUCUCCGAGGCCAGACGCCCGACGACUGGCAGCAGAUUGCCUAUCACCGGUACUGGAUGCACCGAGACAUCAUUCACGAGGCAUAUGCGCACUAUGGUGUCCGAGAUCAGCGCUACAAACUCAUUUACUGGUACAAUGAAGACUUUGGCCUCGAAGGCACACGACCUGGCGGGGAGGAAAAGGAAUGGGAGCUCUUCGACUGUGAAGAGGAUCCCCUAGAGCUCUUCAACUGCUAUCAUGAACCUCGAUACGAGGACACAGUCCGGAGGAUGACCAGGAUGCUAGAGGACAAGAUGGCGGAGAUUGGUGAUGAGCCAGUGCACACCAGACUAAGCCUCAAGCUCAGGAACGGUACCUCACAUGCUGUGGUGUAA